AUGGCGUCAGGGUCUGACAUCGGAAAAAUCCUUCCUUACGCCGGUAGGUGGACCACCGCCACGCUUUCUUCUUAUGACGAGAAUGUGGUUCCGGAGCCAUCGUUGCGUUUGGAUUUACAAAAGUUUUGGGAAAGUCAAUUAAUCUUUCCUUAUUCUGUUGAUAAUCUUGUGUAUGCGUUUGGGGGACCCAAACCAAGUGAUAACAGCCGGAAUUCCAAGGUUCUAUCUAUUUUUCCUGUUUAUAAACCUUGUGCCACUAGGGUUUUCAUUAGCGAACCCUAUAAUUUUAGCUACAUCAAAGCGCCUAACAGAGUGUUUCGAUCGGCUCCUUCUUUGAAUGACCAAUAUCUUGGCUGGUUAGACAGGGUACAACGUGAUAAAGCUGACAUUUGGCAAGCCUGUGGUAUUUACGACCUUAUUCAACUUUCUCGGACAGGCCUUAAAUACCAGCAAGAGAUGAUUAUUGCUGCUUUACACUUCUUUGAGUCUUCCACCAAUACUUUUCACUUCGAAUGUGGCAUGAUGACUCCUACACUGCUAGAUGUUGCCGCCAUUACUGGCCUAUCACCUCUUGGCGACACUUAUGAUCCUUGCAAAGCUUCCGACACCAUCAAAUUCGAUUUUCGAAACAAGUCUUACUCCAAAUACAUUGUGGAAAAUCGAAAGACUAGUGAUGAAGUGAGUGACGAAGAGCAUGUUGCUUUCCUAACCUUAUGGCUAUCGCAGUAUGUCUUCUGCACUCAAUCUCUCCAAGUAGCCAAGAAAUUCAUCCCUAUGGCUAUUCAACUACAUGAAUGUCAGCAGUUCAAUUUUGCUCGACUUGUUCUUGGAUGUCUUUAUGAAUCCAUGAGGGAUGCUUGUGAACACCUUAAGAGAACAGGCGAUGGAUCUACCUUUUUAGGUGCUGGCCCUUUUUGGUUGCUGCAAUUAUGGCUAACUGCCACCUUUCAUGCUGAGCUUGACCUUUUCUUGCCUGAGCCAUACUAUGAGGAAUCGAGAACGCGCCAAAUCGAAGGCACAAGGCUGGCAAGGAUGGUUCCUAGGGAAAGAGGCCUUAGUUAUGAUGUGGCUUUCCAGCAAUACUUCAAUGCUUUUCUCAGCCUGAAGAAAUUCAAGCCUAGCUUUGCUCCUUUUGUGGAUAGGCCACUUGGUCCUCCGUGGUUUACUCACACAUUUCCUUCUCCACCCGAAUUUGCGAUGGUAACCAACAGCAUUUGGAAUGCUUAUUUAAUGCCUACGGUCUUGUCUUGUCGAAUCGGCUUGACUUCUGGAGAUUUUGGGUUAGUUGGCUACUUCCCAAACUUGGUGUCUCGCCAAUUUGGCUUAACUCAAAUACUCCCUAAGAGCAUAUAUUUGGAAGAGAUGGAGGUUUGUUUGGGCAAGCAUGGCAUGACGGAACCACAGUUCCAUUCGUUCUUGAACCAUUUCAAUCAGCCUUCUUAUGAGCUUACCCCAUUCGACUUCGCUCCUUCCCAUGCCUGCACUAGGGAAUUCUUUAACUGGUGGUCUCGACACUACGAAGGACGCCUGGUUAAUAAGACUGUCUUGCUUACUGCUAUCUCUAAUGGGUUUGACUCAUCUAUUCUGAACAAGAUUAAGUCAAAACUGAACGCCAGAGGGAGUAAAUCGAAGGCAGGUUCUAGCAAUUCUAGCAAACCUCUUCCUCCACCACCAAAGGUUGAAUUGAAGAUUACUUCGCACAAAAGGUCUCACUCGACUGAAACUCCUUCUGCUUCGAAAAAACAAAGACCUAUUCCAGCCACUUGUUCGAGUGCUCCGGAUAAGGAUAUUCCUGUUCUUUCGACCAUCCCUGAGCAGGCUAACACUGCCACUACUCAAGAUCUCCCUCAUAAUGCUGAACCCAGUACCGAUGAGAAGAAGAAAAAGAAAAAGAAGAAGAAAGAACACCAACUCCACCAAGAAGGUACUCCUGAGCAAAAAUCCUCUGAGAUUGAGGCACAACCUAAUACUCUGGCAUCACCUGAGGACCCUCCUUUAGAGCAAUUAGAGAGGAAGAAGAAGAAGAAAAAGAAGCACCGAAAGUCUCCUGCUGCCGCUACUGUUGUCGAGGCUUCUGCUACUGCAAAAGAAACAACUUCACAACCUGAAGCUUCUGUUCCCCCUCAAACCCAAGUAGGCCAUUCUCACUUCUUAUUACUUCUUCAGCUCUUGAUUGUGUUACUUAUUCUUUCAUGGUUUCAUUUAUUUCAGCCACAAAAUUCUGCUCAAGUUAUUCCUCAAGAUGAGCCUGCUCCUAGCAAAGCGGCUGAAGGGGUGGUCGAAGGACCAAGUGGUACGCAUCCUGAAGGUGUGGCAGAAAAAUCUUCAUCUCCUCAGCCUGUCGAAACGGCCAUCCUUACUGAAACCUCAUCACCACCCAAAGCUCCUGGCUCGCCUCACCACGUUUUCGCAGAUAAUACUCUUAAGCCUAACAAUGAAGAGGAACAACUUGAUCAAGGCUUACCGCAACAAAAUCCUUUGACGAACCCUGCCCAAGUAUUAGCUGAUAAUGAUCCUCCAACCAAUUUUCAAGCUGACCCUGCUGCCAACCUUUCCAAUGGACAGAAGCCAACCGUUGAUGGGGAACACUCCACUACUAAUCAACCACAACCAAGUGGGUCAAACCAUGAGUCCAGUUCAACCAGUGCUGACACUUUCGACUCUGAUGAUGGGAACUCCUACAUUGGUGAUUCACUUGGUGAAGAGGGAACCUCUGUGUCGAAACCACCUCCUACGGUUGUCUUACUAGCUGAACUUGCCAAAGAGCUAAAAGAUUUAACCCCAGUAGAUGCACUCAACAAGCUUUUAUCAAGUCAUGGCGCCUCUAGCUCUGCUGUUGGGAACACGGAGGAUAAGGAAGAUGCACUUGCGCAAGAACAGUUUGAGCACGAAAUCAGAUUUAGGCGAGAGAUCCUUAAUGGGGAUAUGCUGGGCCUGCUUGAACAUGAUUCUUCUAUAUACCACAAUAUCAAAGCCCUUUUCCGCAAGCUGCAGAACCCAAGGACUAACGAAGCGAUGUUCCUUCUAGUGACUCAGGCUGAAACCUUUUUAGAACAGUUCGUUAGUCAAUCUCAACUCCUAACCAGGACUAGCAGCCUUCUGACAUCUCUGCUUGCAACACAACAACACCAUUUCGAGCAAGCUAACAAUUGCAAUGCAGAAGUCACCACUAUCAAAGCUGCCUCUGAUGAAGCUCUCGAGCAACUUGUGGCUUGUGAGAACAAUAUUGCCCAGUGGCAAUCUGAAAUUGAAGCGUUGAAAGAGAAGGUUCGACAGGAAGAGGCUAAGAUGGAAAAACUAGCUGCGGUAGCUAUCGAAGCACAAAAGGUCAAGCUUGAUGAGCUGGCACGUGAAGGCAUCCAACAUUACAGUGAUGGUCUAGCUGUCCAGAAGCGGGUUGAGCACCUUGCUAGUGAUGAAGAAAUGCUACAGCGUAAACUGGUGUCUAUUCGAACUCAGUAUUACCAAUUCCAAGCAGCCAAUCGAAAGCCUCCUUCAACAUCUCAACAACAACCUUGA